UCUUCUUGUUGUUCCCUUUUUCUCUCCCUACAACAGCAGCACACAAACACACCUAUCUAUUUCUACAUGGGUUCUUGCAAACCCCAACAAGAACAUGUUCAUGGGCCUAUCAUCAUAGGUGCCGGUCCUUCAGGCCUAGCCGUGGCUGCGUGUCUCUCGGAGCACAAAGUCCCUUUCGUGAUUCUUGAGAGAAGCAACUGCAUAGCCUCUCUUUGGCAACACAAAACCUACGACCGUCUCAAACUCCACCUCCCAAAGCAGUUCUGUGAGCUUCCCUUGAAGGGUUUUCCCCACAACUUCCCCAAGUACCCCACAAAGUACCAGUUCAUAUCCUACAUGGAGUCCUAUGCCUCACACUUCAACAUUCACCCCAGGUUCAACCAAACAGUCCAAACUGCUCACUUCGAUAAAGGGUCUCAGCUUUGGCUGGUUAGGACUCAGCACUGUGAGCUUCUCUCUCCUUGGCUCGUGGUCGCCACUGGGGAGAAUGCUGAGCCUGUGCUCCCUAGAAUUCAUGGCAUGGACCAUUUUUCUGGCUCCAUUGCUCACACCAGUGUCUACAAGUCUGGCUCUGAGUACAGAAACCAGAAGGUUCUGGUCAUUGGCUGUGGCAAUUCAGGAAUGGAAGUUAGCUUAGACCUUUGCAGACACAAUGCCUCACCUUACAUGGUUGCAAGGAACACAGUGCAUGUGCUUCCUAGGGAGAUGUUUGGCUUCUCAACGUUUGGCAUAGCCAUGGCUCUUUACAAGUGGUUUCCCAUAAAAGUUGUAGACAAAAUUCUCUUACUUGUGACCAACUUCAUGUUGGGCAACACCAAUCACUAUGGCAUCAAAAGGCCCAAAACAGGCCCAAUAGAGCUGAAACUAGCCACAGGGAAAACCCCAGUCCUUGAUGUGGGUCAAGUUGCACAGAUCAAAUGUGGCAACAUAAAGGUGAUGGAGGGUGUGAAGGAGAUAACAAGAAAAGGUGCCAAAUUUAUGGAUGGACAAGAAAAGGAAUUCGAUGCUAUAAUCUUGGCAACAGGGUACAAGAGCAACGUGCCUACUUGGCUUAAGGGUUGUGAUUUUUUCACUGAGGAUGGAAUGCCGAAAACACCCUUUCCCCAUGGGUGGAAAGGGGAGCAGGGAUUGUAUACGGUGGGGUUCACCAGAAGAGGCAUUCAAGGAACAUCGUGUGAUGCAAUCAAGAUCGCUGAAGACAUAGCCUCACAGUGGAGAACCGUAGAGAACAAGAAUCAAUGCAAUUCACAUAUCAUCCUUCUCACUUCAUAAGACUCCAAAAAAAAUCCGACUUUUUUUUAUUGAGAAAAAAAAAGAAAAAAAGGAGAAAUACCAAGUUAGGAAUUACUACCUGUGCAAUUAGGCUAGUUUUUUAUUUUUUGUUUUAUUUUAAUUAUUUUUGUUAUUACCUUUUUACCCCUCUCUUUAGCUGGCAUGUACAUGCAAUUUUGUAUCUUUAGGAGCAUACGCUUUUCUAACUACUAAAAGCUUUACUUGCUUUGUACAAAACAGUUUCAUAAAUGGGAU